AUGAUCUUUGCUGCACGUCAGAUUCAGGAGAAAAGUGUGGAACAAAAUCAAGAUCUCUAUACCACUUUUGUAGAUUUAACAAAAGCGUUCGACACUGUGAGCAGAGAGGGACUGUGGAAAAUCAUGGCGAAGUUCGGCUGCCCCGAGAGGUUCAUAAAGAUUGUUAGACAAUUUCACGAUGGGAUGAUGGCCCGUGUUCUUGAUGAUGGAAAUACCUCUGCCCCUUUUCAAGUGUCAAAUGGAGUCAAGCAAGGUUGUGUCCUUGCCCCUACACUGUUUAGUUUGAUGUUCUCUGCAAUGCUGACCGAUGCCUUCAGGGAGACACCCCUAGGCAUCCCCAUCAGGUAUAGGUGUGAUGGAAAGCUGUUCAACCUACGACGUCUGAAGGCCGUCACUAGAGUCAAAGAGACUGUGAUUCGUGACCUGCUUUUUGCUGAUGACUGUGCCCUCAACGCCGUCAAUGAGCAUGACAUGCAACAGGAAAUGGACGCUUUCUCAUCCGCCUGUGACAACUUUGGCCUCACCAUCAGUAUCAAGAAGACUGAAGUGAUGUAUCAGCCCGCCCCAGGAAAACCAUAUCAGGAACCAAACAUCACAGUUAAGGGGCAGCGACUUCAAGAUGUAGAAAACUUCACCUACCUCGGCAGCACUCUCUCCCGCAACGCCAACAUCGAUGCAGAAAUCAACAACCGCAUCGCGAAGGCAAGCAGUGCCUUUGGGAGAUUGAGGAAGUCAGUCUGGGAACGCAGAGGCAUCUCACAAUGCACCAAGAUCAAAGUGUACAGAGCAGUCGUCUUAACAACACUUCUCUAUGGCUGCGAAACUUGGACCAUCUACAGAAGACAUGAGAAACUUCUCCAGCAGUUCCAUCUCCGCUGUCUCAGAAACAUCCUAAAUAUCCGCUGGCAGGAUAGAAUCACAAACACUGAGGUUCUGGAGAGAGCAAACCUCCCCAGCGUCAUUACCACCAUGCGCAAAGCUCAGACACGAUGGGCAGGACACGUCUGCCGUAUGUCAGACUCCAGAAUACCCAAACAGCUGUUGUACGGUGAACUAAGCCGUGGAAGCAGGAAAGCUGGAGGCCAGCGCAAACGCUAUAAAGACUGCAUCAAAUCACAUCUGAAAGACUUCAAUAUCGACGUUUCAACGUGGGAAACUGCAGCAUCUGACAGACCGAUUUGGCGUAAUCUGAUUCACAAAGGUGCCAUCCACUCAGAAAAUAAACGCUCCAACGCAGCCAAAAACAAACGCCAAAAACGCAAGGCUAGAGCUGACCAACCUACCAAUAUGACCCCCUCUUACUGGUGUCCGACUUGUGGAAGGGGUUUUCUUGCACGAAUUGGCCUUAUAAGCCACCUGCGGAUUCAUCCCUCCGCCCCUUAGACAUUGUUAUACUGUCAGUAUUGCUAUGGUCAUACUCGACUACGAGUUGACGAACAACACUAUUGUCAGCAGCCCUUUAAACAAGAAAACAAAAGAACAAAGGGAUAAAUUAGUCGUGGAGCAUUCAGGAAGGAAAAUGACAAUUCAGCACAAGUGGUCCCCUUUUGAUAGCCGCGGUUUGGACUUUGUACCAAGGCGCUAUUUUCUAGAAAUCUAUCAUGCUUAGCGCUACUGCAAGCAAAAGCAAUUACUUUAGAUAAAGGACCGGCGCACGCACAGGCUUGUAAAACAGAGCUUUGAGUGGACUUCGCAGAUCAAAGAUGAGCCCGUGAUUGGGUCCAAGGUCUAUCUUGAUGGGUAUUUUAAUCCCAUGUUAUACGAACUGCAUGCUUAAUAAAUUCAAGAUAAUAUCACAAGAGGGUUUUGUAGAUGACAGGCACUUGUCUUACAAGUCUUGACCGUGUGACACCCUGAAUGGUCUGAAUGCUCAAAUAAAACCCCUAAAGGUAUAUAAAAGAGCGUCACAAGGGGUGAGUUAAGGCGGUAUGGAAUUUCUAUUAAAACGAUAAGGUCAGCAUUUUAGUGGAUAGGGGUUUUGCAAGAGUAUCUGGUGACAUGAGUACUCAAGCAUGAAAUGUAUGGGUGAGAAAACGUGCGGAUAUAACUAGCUAUAAGCACGUGUGUACUGGUCUCGAGAGCUCUAUGGAUGACAGAAUUAAGUAUGUGUAAACGCGCAAGGAAUAACGCAUUUAGCUAGGAUAGGAAAAUGCUGCUAUGGGCGAUUACUAAACUGGAAAAUACCCCUUUUUCGCUAUUUCUUUAAUCGACUAUUUUCCAAAUAAUUGAAUUUGAGCGCAAAAGCAGGGUUUUGACAUGUCUUAGUUUGCUUUAAUACCUUCUUGCAAAUUUUGCGGCUUGUUUAUCUUACUAAACUACCACAUUUUAAGCCCUUUUAACCAGGUGUUUUGCUUCAGGCUUUCUUGUAAAACAAACAAAAACUUUGCAAAUAAAUAAAUAAAUAAAAAAUGCACGACAGCUGUAACCGUAAAAGGCCUUGCUUUCGCGCUCAAUUCCAUCACCUGAAAACGGCCAAUAGAAAAAAAAAAACGCUUUUUGGCUAUUCUUUAAUGGAAAAAGACCGCCUUUUGGCCAUUCUUCAAUGGGAAAAAGACCGCGUUCUGGCUAUUCUUCAAUAGGUAAGUACCGGUUUUAUUUUUGUCUAGGAGGGUGUUUGCGCCCCCAAGUCCAGCCUCUAGCUACGCGCUUGGCGCCAAGGCAUUGCCAUCAUUUCCGUUUUGUGAUCAGUGAAGGGAUGCUUUUCCCACAGUGCUGGGAGAUGUUUGCAUGAUGCGAUGAUAAAAAAAAGCUGGAUGUGUGGUGGAUGGUGUUAACGUGGCGUAUCGGCGUUAUUGUGACGUAGACACGAGUUUAUAGGUGGUUGGCUGGCUUUCUGCAAAACGGACAGGAGUUCUUUUGUAGAACCAUCAACUCGUAGUCGUCAGUGUGGAAUACCUAAAAAAAACGAUAGAAAUGACGUCACAAUAGAAGCGGGUAAUUCAUAACUUUGACAGAAUAACAGCCUAAAGUAACCAACAGAUGUUUUCUAUCUAGCUCACAACUAUAGGAAACUGGGCAUGUGUACGGCCUAGAUCAUAUUUCGGGGUAUUUUUUUGACGGUGUUUUUGGAGGAUGUUGUUUAUCUAAACAAAUAGGAUGGUUAUUUAUUAACAGGAAAUGGUACCAAACCUGGAGGCUGUGAUUGGUCAAUUUCUGGUAAAGUCAGCGGUCUGAUACCACAUACCUGUUAAAAUUAACCGCAACAAAGAACAAAAGAAGGUGAAUGAAUACGACGGCUUUUGUCUUUUGCUACGAUACUUAACAAUUAUACCAUUUCCAUUGAGGUGGAUAGUGGCGAAAUAAUUUUUAAGCCACCAUCCUCCGAAAUCGAAAUGGUAAUGGUAUAAUUUGUUUAGUAUAUGAAACGAGCUUUAGAGCACUUGCAAAUAGGAUGUUACACCCGCCAUUUUGCUUGAUUUCGUGGCGCAAGAAAAUAUCCACCUCCAGUAUAUUGCAUUUUAUCCUGAGUUUCUCAACAAUCAAAUCGCUUGUUCUCCCGAGGUCCCCGAGUUUUAUAUACUAAUAAAGGAUAUACUAAUGGCAAGAAGACAGCUAUGUAGAUCAUAGUCUUGUUAUGUGUUUUUAGUUGUUAGGGGAACACAGGGUACAAGCUACCCUGGGUAGCAAGCGUGUGUGGGAAACGGAAAUAGAGACCGAGCGAAGAGUAUGGCCGCGCGGAAGGGUGCGGAGAAAGGCGAAAGGUACCCUCACCCCAUUCUUCGCGCAGCCACAGUUUUCUCUCGACAUUUUCUUCCGUCGCUAGGUCUGGUGUCCAACCCACACCUCCCCUCUAGCCCUACAGUAGUUUUUUACUCACCCUAUUAAAGGCCACCGAAAGGCGAUAUUAAACCACCCCCACUAACGGCUUUUUACUCACUCUAUCAAAGGCCACAGGACCACGUUAUCAGCACACCCCCACUAUAACGGCUUUUUUACUCACUCUAUCAAUGGCCACAGAACCACGUUAUUAGCCCACCCCUCCCCUCUACCCAUGCAGUUUUUCACCCACCCUAUUACAGGAGUCGCAGAGUGUGAUUGACACGUCAGGCAUGAGAGACCGGUAGUACUGGUGCUUGAGAGGAACCGGCCAUCUCUUGAUGAUUACUUCGUUCCUAUUCAUGGAGUGGAGAGUAGCGCGACCGACGCGCACUGGGACGAACUCAGACCCGCCUUGCUAUAAACACAAUUACAAAUAUAUGUAAACAUAUUCAGAGAAAGAUAUUACCGUAAUGAUUCGAAUAAGCGCCCGUGUCUUUUUCGAGUCUUCUAAAGAGGGAAUUAGUUGUAUCUUGUACCAAGUGCCUUACCUCAAAGCUCAUGAGUUUUGCCGUGAAGGGGUCAUCGUCAUCAUUUGAUGGGGGCGGAUCCGAUAACGAGAGAGUCUGGACGUCUGUGUACAUGGUCAAGGAUUAGAAACAAUGAUCAUCUCCACGAGGAAUAAAGGUAACAAACGAAACCCAGCGGCAAAAAACACUAUCUUCACUAGUAAGUUCGAUGGUUAUAUCCCAACACAAUACACGAAGGUGAGUUACAGCAUAUUCAAGUGGUGAGGCUGAGAAUGGUAAAAUGAAACAAUCUAGAUCAAAACGAUAGGAUGUCAGCUCAUCUAACGCCUUUAAGGAUACUGCCCAUGUCCGUAGUCUGCCAUUUCGACAGGUCCUUUCGGCGUUGGUUUGUGGGUUCAGCCUCGAUCAGUUUGAUAGCCUCUUCGUCACUGCAAAACAUAAUUUUUUAAUCCAAUGAUGCACGAAGGACCUAUUCUUAUAUUUCUUUUUAAUCAAGCAUUUCCAAGAUGUACGAACAGGCCUGCUCACCUUAUGUCAUCUUCGAGAACAAACUCGACUAGCGGUAGAACCUCUGCGUAAGACAGGGAGAGUAAGUACUGUACAAAGGGAGCGAAGGAGAAAGGGCUUAAGGUAUCAGAGAGGCCUUUUGCCUGCCUGUAACAGACAGGGGAAGUACAGUGUAUAAGAAGCGAAUGAGAAAGGGCUAAGGGUGUCAGAGAGACGUUUAGCCAGCCUGGUCCAGACAGGGGAGGUAAGUACAGUGUAUUGGGAGCAAAGGGCUAAGAGUGUCAGAGAGGCGUUAUUGGGACCAGUCGGACGUUUAACAUUUCCUUAUGUCUAGCCUGUUCUUCUACAGCUUGCUUGAAGUCUUUAUGGAUAUACUUUUAGAAUUAUUGUUGUACAGGAAAAAAAACACGGGAGGAAACGGUAGUUUGCGUCUUUUUUUUUAUAUAUCAAGAUAUACUCGAACGCCUACACUCUCGCAUUACUAUUAGAAUUCUGUUUAUAGUUUAGGGUGAGGAAAAGCACUCGUUUCUCACCGAAUGACGAAAAUGAGUAGACAAAAGGUUGUCUGCAGUUGAUGCAUUGGUUGCCCUUGUUGUUGAGUAGUGGGUUCGUGGUUGAGCAGCGAUAGCACAUUGGUAACAACUCCUGUAACAACAACAACACGGCAUGUGACGAGGUACUUGUUACAUUCAAGCCAAAGUGAAAGGUGAAGUGAUAAUGUAUAGUGGCUUCGUCUUUAAAUAGCGGUAGCACAUUGGUAACAACUCCUACAACAACAACUAAACGGCAUGUGACAUGAAUUAAGACAAUAAGGUCAUGUGUCUUUUGACAUAAAAACCUCGUGAUGUUACGGGGUAUUCUGACUGGCUCACCUCGUUGUCGUGGAAAGGCUUGGAGCGUAUGGUGACGCUUCCAAGGUCAAUUGCUUCUUGGAACCUGGUGGGUAUCUUGAGCGCCUAUAACGAGCAGAUUUAAUCAAGGCCAAAUUCCAAUACAUGCAGUACUUAUUAACAGUAUAGUACAUUCGCGACAUUUUACCUGGAGUUUGUCGAAUGCUGUUCGCGCCAUUUUGAAGGCACCCAAGUUUUUGCUCUGCUUGGCCAAGGCGAAGAGAGUUGCACUUAGAUUUGUCAAGAAAAACAAUAAGCCAAUAAAUAGAAUUUCAGUCUUCCGGUAGUCAGCUUAAAGCGAGUAUCAAUGUUAACCCCUAAUGCUUAAAUACAUGCCUUCUACACACUAAAUUAUGUCUGAGUCAUAUCUAUUACUAUUGUUGCUCCACUUCCAUCACGGUCUGCCUGUGAGCAAAUGGUUUAUGAUUUCGCGUUCCUUGAUUCUAGAUCCUUAUAAGUGUGAUAUUAGGUAAGACCGGAAAUUACUAAAAAUACUAUUAUAAUGUGUAUAAUAAGUGCUCAGUGUGAAAGACGAUACACCCUUGAAACGCUACAUGGUAAGAUAUUGGUUUAGACGACAUUUGGUAAGACGGCAAAUUACUAAAAAAAUGUGUUGAAGUGCUCAGCGUGAAAGAGGAUACACCCUUGAGACGCCGAUGGGCGUGUCUCUGAUGAGCAUAUGGAGAAGGUACCGAGCGAUGUUGAACAAUGUCUCGGGCAGAUGUGACGUGAACGGCUCGUCCUGCGCAAAAAAAGGUAUUAAACUAUGUGAGUAGGGCUGCCCUGUGUAAAAACAGUAUCUACAAUUGACACUGCUGUAACUACUUCUAAGUAAGAAACAACAAUUGAAAGUUGUAAAAGUUACCAUGUAUCUGUGUUACACAAUGUUAUAUAUAUCAAGUAACCUUAGUCUUGCCUUGUAUCUAAGCCUUACCGUGUAUCUAAGCUUUACCGUGUAUUCAAGCCUUACCGUGUAUCUAUAUCUGAUUGUGUAUCUAAGCCUUACAGUGUAUCUAAACCUUACCUUGUAUCUAAGCCUUACCGUGUAUCUAAGCCUUUCCGUGUAUCUAAGCCUUACCGUAUAUCUGUGCACUGAGUGAUACAAGUAGUAAAUUUCUGCCUUCUCUUGAUACUCGUGGAACUUUUCCAGCAUGCCAAUGUCUGGCUCGCCAUUGGUAGUCUCUGCAAUACAAGUAUAAACACUUACUGUAGACUGUCCAAAAUGUUGAUCGUACACCGAGGCUUCAAUUCAUUUUUGUACGAACUUCAAAGAGUACCUGGCGACCCUUUGGCGAGAUCCAAACACUGCAUUGACAGCUUCCAGUAGUAGUAUCCGGCAUCAUGAAACCUAGUAAACCAAGAGUGAAGGGAAGACACUACACCGACAUUUAGCGAGACGAUCAAAGAUAUUGCAAGGGAAAAGAAAAAAUCCUAUACCGUAAAAGCUCUGCUAUGGACCCCCUCUAGAGGAAAAACCUCCAAAUAAGCAGAAGAGUUGGGAAUCUAAGAGUAGAAAUACCAUGCUUACAGAAGGGCCCACGGAACCGUAGCGCUAAAUUACACUCUGCUAACAUUCAUCCCAUACAAGAGUGCACGCUUAUUUUAGAAGUCCAGACAUACCUGUGUUCAAUGACUGCGUUACGGCACAAGACCUCCAACACGUGAACUGCGUCAUCCCUGCGACCAGCUUUGUGGAAUGCUGGUACGACAAAAA